GGGUGUGAGCUUAUUUCAACUCCUGAUCAAGACCACACUGACUUUACUAAGUGCCUUAAAAUGCUCCAAAUGAAGAUAGAAGAAAAAGACCUAAAGGUUGAUGUGAUUGUGACACUGGGAGGCCUUGCUGGGCGUUUUGACCAGAUUAUGGCAUCUGUACAUACUCUGUUCCAAGCGACACACAUCACUCCUUUGCCAAUUAUUAUCAUCCAAGAAGAAUCUCUCAUUUACUUGCUUCAGCCGGGAAAGCACAAACUGCAUGUAGACACUGGGAUGGAGGGCGAUUGGUGUGGCCUUAUUCCUGUUGGACAGCCUUGCCAUCAGGUUACAACUACAGGUCUGAAGUGGAACCUCACAAAUGAUGUGCUUGGUUUUGGAACACUGGUCAGCACUUCCAAUACCUACGAUGGGUCUGGUGUUGUGACUGUGGAAACUGACCAUCCACUCGUCUGGACCAUGGCCAUCCAAAACUAACCUGUCACCUGGCAUCCAUAAGAGUGACUCUGCCUUACCUCAUUGCUCAACAGAAACAAGAAUGAUUCAGCUGGGUUUGCAAGAAUCUAAACCUCUCUAUGGAAAGCCCACUAUUUUUGAAGAAGUUAAUGUUUAGAUGAUCCAAGUAGCAUUAUAAAUGACAGAUCUCAAUUUUAUGGUAAUGGGAAAAUUAUGUGUUAAGAAAGCAAAUGAGCUCUGCUACAUUCAGUUGGAAAAUUAAUGGAGAUCAUUCCACCAUAAAAUUCAGUACUAAUUAUUCCUAAGUUAUUAAUCAUUCCAUCUACCCUAGAAAAUUGUUUUUAAGUUGAAUCAGAGAAGAAUCUGAUAAGGUUCCUCUUGGAGUCUAGCUCAUACUUAUAUGCCUAUCAACAAGGGCUACCUCUGAGUGUUUUAAUAUUAGACUUCUCUAUAUAAUAUCUAUUACCGUCUACUGGAAAAGCUUUCCUUCCAGAUUGGGAUGCUAGAAAUACACCAUUUCACUCUGGCCUUAU